CAUCUUGCUGCUAGCUGCUGCUGCUGCCUCCUGCUGCCUCAGUGUGACGAUGACGUCUAACGCUGAAGUAAUGGACAUGUAGACGAAUGCCUUGUGUGAUUUAGCGCAGUGUAUUCGCACGUUCCUAUGUGCCUUUGUGCGUCCGACUCCCAAGGUGGAGUCCAUGUCGGUGUAUUUUUGUGAUUGCUGGAGGGUCUCGAGAAGUCUCGGCACGUUCGCCGUUUCGAGGCUCAUUAAGUGAGGGGAAAGAAAAGCUCUCCCACCGAUCAUCAGGAGGAGGAGGAGGAGGAGGAGGCGCCGUGUGUUGUUGUGAUAUGGCGGAGGCGGCAGGGGCACCUCACCUCCCCUCGCUAGCUCCUCCACACUGCACCCGCCCACCCACCCAACCACCACAAAAGAUCUUCUUCGGGUUGCAAGCAGCCUUGCGAGUCAUGGCCAUAGGCCUUGCAGGCCUAUACGCCCUCCCGCACCAGCUAGAUCAGAGAAAUCGAACGACGACGUCAUCACCCUCGUCAUCAUCAUCAUCCUCAUCCUCAACAUCAUCAUCAUCAUCAUCGCCGCUGAGGAAGUCGACGACGACCAUCUUCUCUUCUGCUCAUCAUCAAGCUGGUGGUGGUGGUGGUGGUAGUGGUAGUGGUAGUGGUGGUACCCUCAGCAACAUCAUCUCGUCUGUAGCCCUCAUUUCUGUUGGAUGUCGGCGAUCCUUUGCCUCCGCAACCAUCCCCAUGUGAGCCACAGGAACCAGAGGCGUUGGUAUUGGGGUAUCCCGAGUAAUGGCAGAAGCAAAAUUCCCCAAGAGGUAAUGGUGUCUACUGUAAAGGAUAACACAUCGUUGACUUCUGAGGCCGUAGAAUGACGUAAGAGGGGCGUGAGGAUGGGGUGCGUGCAUAGCAGGCAUGACAUCAAUGAUCAGCACCCCAACAUCUUCCAAGUAGUGAAUGUGGAUGACUUAGGAUACCGCUUCAGUGCUGCCAUGCUGGAGGUGACGGAAGCCCACUUGGUGCUGCACCAACGUGGGAGAGCAGCGAUCCGAUGGCCACUUCGCUGCCUCCGUCGUUAUGGCUUUGAUGCAGAGCUUUUCAGCUUUGAGUCAGGCAGGCGGUGUCCCACAGGCCCUGGUAUAUAUGCAUUCAGAUGUCGCAGAGCAGAAGCCCUCUUCAAUAUGUUGCAGCUUCAGAUACAAAACAUCACAGACGAAGGUACAUCUAGUGAUAUCACUGCCUUUCCUGUGCAGAUACAUGGUAAUGAGGGCAGAGAGCUCACUCAAAUUGAUUCCAUCAACAGUGGGCCUGCGGGAGGAGGAGGUACAGAUCCUGAUGGUUACUUGGAACCUUUACCAAGGCAACACUCACGAGGUAUGAACAAUGUGGGUGCAGCUACAACAAUAGGAGCACCAUCAACAAAUGUGAAUUCCACUGGCAUUGUCAGUGGAGGAGGUGCUGUUGGAGGGGUAACAAGUGGUGCUGGGAAUGCAGUACCCCAUAUUGCUAGAGGCAAUGCAGUAGCCAUAUGUGGAUUAAGAACGAUGCCUUCUCCUGCCUCUCCCCCUACACCACUCAGCCCACCUCCUGUCCCUUUUGAAAAUAAUCAUGAUCUUAGCCAGACAGAAGAACCUUCUUCAAAUAUACUGCAGGAGGUGAGAGAAGUCCCUCCUUCCCCCACAGAAACAGUAAGACCUGUGUUUGUGAACCAUAUAGAUAAAGUAGUGACUUAUGAAAACCGUCUCGGGAGGUCUACUUCUUGUGGGAAUUCUUAUCCUGAGAGGUCUUUAUUACAAGGAAACUCAGUACAGACUAAAAGGCCUAGAUCUUAUGUGAAUGUUAAUUCUAAUAAACCUCACUUUGAAAUGAAUGAUCAAGUUUAUAUGAACAUAGUUACAGAAAUUAGAGACCAUGAUCAUCAUGAUCAUCAUGACCACCAUGACCAUGUGUAUGUUAAUCUUGGAGCAGAGAAAGAUGUUCCUGCAGUGCCUCCUCGACUUUCCUUGACUACAGGGUCUGCAGGUUCAGGGUCGUCUCACUCUGGCACUACAACUACAACAGACACUGACCAUCAACCAUCUCAGUUGAAUUACUGUGUCCUUGACCUUGACCCUGGAUCAGACUCUUCUCAAGCUGCUCCACUCAGUCCGCUGGGAUCUGUUGCAUCUGGUCCUGAGUCCCCUCGUAGAAAGGAACCUUAUGUUACUAUUGACUUUAGCAGAACUGCAGCACUUAAUACUGCCAAACAGGCAUGGGAGGAUGGAUCAAGGAGGACAAGACACAAUUCAACAUUUACCAGUCCAGCAUCUCUCAUACGGCAUAACUCCUCUCUCUCUGACUGACGUUGGGCACUUCAGUGAACUUAUUCCCCCACUGUUAGCUGCAGGAGCCUUUUAGUGUUGUUGCUGCUGCUGCUGUCGCUAAUGAUUACCAUGGAUUCUUCUAAUACAGCUGAUGAUGGCUUAUUUAGGAAUCUGCCUGCCAGUGCUAAUAAUACAUCUCUGUGAUGUGCCAAAAAGCUCCCAGGAGCAUUAUUGUAGCUUAACAUAGGUUUUGUGACCUGAAAUGAAUUGCACUUAACUGAUAAGCCUUUGUGUUAAAAGGUUUAACAGUUUUCUUGUUAUGGUGAAGAUAUGGCAGAUAAUCAUAUUAUAGUAAUUGUGAUUUUUCCAAACUGACAAAUGGAAGUAACUCAUUAGCUACCGACUCAUCUGCUAUUUGCUAGUGAAGUGCCCUCUGGCUGCUGAUGAUGUGUGAUCCUAAAUAUAUUUUUAUGUUCAUUUUAUCCUAUCAUAUGCCUACUAAAUAAAUAGUUUUGUCUUUUCAGAUUUUGCUUUUACUCUUCAUCUUUAGAUGUUGAGAGACAGUUUUCAAGUUAAACACAUAGGCUGUACUGCAGGUCACACUUACUAGCACUAUAUUUUGAGUAAGUAUCUGUACUUGUUCCCAUUUCACACAGUUAAUCCUGUGCUACUGCUAAAGCAAGAGAAGAAUCAAAUAGCCAAGUGAUACUGCCAGUGGUUGGUAACUAGCAGUUCAAUAGAACCUUGUAAUUACGUAGUAUCAAAGAUUUAUGUAUAGUGGAUCACAUGGUCUACAUUACUGAGAUGAUUCAUUUAAUUUUAAAAGGUAACAAAUUGUUGGUUUGGCAGUCGAUUUGCUCAUUAUUCCUACUCAGGAAUUUAAAGGAGAAAUGGCUUUGUGACGGGAAAAUUAAUUUAAAUUGGCAGCAGCUGAAAAUUAAGCGUACGUACUUCUGCUGAUGCUUUUUUCUCAUUGGAUAUUGACAAUUUGUUCUAUUUGUAACUUUAAAGUGACUAAAUUCUCCAAAGUAUAUUACCAUAUUUGUGGACUAAAUAAAAAGCUGAUAAAUCUGUAUUUUGUGAAUCUUAUAUGUUUUGAGAUACAAAGGUUGGGGCAUGCUGCGUUUAAACAUUUUAUAGGGGUAAAUUUUUACUCCCAGUGAUAUAGCUCAAUGAAAUAAUAAGAAAUAGCAUUACAGUAAUAUAAAAAUAGGUUAUACAAAGUAAUUAUCAUGCACAUCAAUAUGAAAAUUUUGUAGUGUCAAGUGUAAUUGCAUCAGACUGUUGUACGGUGUUCAUCAAGUUUCAUCAGUAUAAUGAUCCUUCUUUUAAAUUCAGCAGAAUUAACAUGUUCAUUGUAAAGCCUUAAACUGUUAUCAUUGGGUAAUGACUUUCUAGUACACAAAUGUUUACUUUGGUCAGGGUGUAAUGAUUCACCUUACUAAAAUUAUGGGUAGGAGACAAAUUUUAAUUCUUUAAUAAUUAUUGUUUCGUCCGGGAACAGUGCAUAUUCAUUGCCUAUCUUUAAAUUUUAACAAUGCCAAAAGAAAAGGCACUGAAUCAUCUUUUCAGCCCAUACAAAGUUUAAAAAUCUGUCGCUCUCUAUCUUUUGGUAAUGAUAAUUAACUAUUUGACUCUUUGUUACAUCAUCUUAUGCUAAUGGAAAUAAGGCCAUGUGAAACCUAUGGACUGUGUACAUAUUAAUAAUCGUCCUCCAUGCUGAAAUCUUAAUUGACCUAUUGAAAUGUAGGCCUCCAUUCCUAUUUCCAUUUCUAAAAUUGAAAAGAAACUAUUUUCUUUGGAUGAGGCAUUCAAUUUCCACGUCAUCUUAACAUUGCAGUAGUACGUAAUACUGUUUUGCAGAGAAAGCAGUCGUAGGAGAGAAUCAAGUUGUAUGAGAGUUGGAAUUGUCUUUUAAAAACUGUUUCCAAAUCCAGAUGGUAGAACACGGUUACAGAAAGUUUCUGAUAAAUAAUAGCAUUGUAGGGCUUAAUGUACACAUUUAUUUUGAAUUUUCAGGUCUCAGAAUAUACUUGCCAAUGUAAGGAUUUUAAUGGAAGAAUAGAAUUCAAUUAGAAAAAAUUGAUGCUACUUUGUAGGCUAUAAUUGUGGUCACCUUAGUAUACAUAUUCUGUACUUUUAUGUACAUAAACUAAUCUUCCCUACAUUCAUCUUGUAUAUACUUAUAUAUUUUUUUGUCUUUACGUGAAUCGCUAGUAAGUACUGUUUUGAGGCAAUUUAAUUAAUAUCUAUAUUUAUCCAUUAUUAGAGUAGUUUAUUUUACAUUAGUAUUCUGAACUUUUUUCUUAUCCAUAACUGAUAUGGUUAUUUUUCCUAAGUACUGUACGUACUCCAACCAUCUUCAAGAUUUUUUCAUUUUGUGUUUGGUUUGUUAUUUUGACAGCUUUUAUCAAAGGCAUAUAAAUCCCUAUACUACACAAUUUUAUAUCCUAAUGAAUUUUCCUUUAAAAAUAUUAAACAUUGUGAUUUUAAUUAAUUUCAGUAGUUAAAUGGGUAAUUUUGAGAUAUCUUUCUUGUUUAUGAUGUUUUCAAGUGUUUGUUCAAUACUUUUACUUUGACAAAUUUUGUAUGAAUGCCUUUACCAUUGCUAAAUUUAUAUCAUUACUAGAACUACCCUCUAAGUACGUACUACAGUACUCUUCAUGCCGAGUAUUUUAAUGCAAACCUUAUUCCAAUACUGAUUUGAUGAUUGUAUACGUAUUUUAUGAUAAUUGUUUCAUGAAAAGCCUAAAUAUGAAACUAAUGUAUAAUUUUUUAGUUAUUUUGGUCCUUUAUGUUAUGAAGGAUAAGGCUACAGAUGAUUCCUUUUGCCAAAGAGAGGUUCAGGAAGAACUUAGUGCAGUGGGAACAAUUUGGCUGCUGUAGCUCAACUGAAGCUUUUUGUGAGCUCCCACCCAUUUUUACCCUUUAGCUUUUGACCCCCUUCGUACAACAUAUAUCUCUUGAGCUGCAAAUGAUCAUGUGGUCCUUCAUUAAGACCAGUUCUAAGCCUCUGACUGCAAAGGAUUCUGUUGAAACCAUAUACCCUCACCAUACAAUCUAACCUUGUCUUGAAUGCUAAAGUAUAUCGGAAAAAUUGUGUAAUGGUUGCCCGAGAUAAAUAGGAUUUAAUCAGUAUGUCUUAACUAGAUGCCCUUAUAUAUCAUGAAUGUCUGCAUCAUAAGUUUGAAAAAAAAAGGAUGCAUGUAACUUCCCAGUAUAGAAAGGUGCAGCAAAUAUCUUAGCCAAAUGUCAGUAAAUGGGAAAGAUUAGUUCUCAUUUGUAAAGAAUCAUGUCCUUAUUAUAAGUCUGUAUUGGUUUAAUUUCUAUUCCAGUUCUAACUCCAUGAUAGAUUUUAAAUAAAUUGUUUAGCCUUUUUCAGGAAAAUUUGUAAUAGGAAAAUACUAGUUUCAAAAUCUGAAUUUGGACUUUUAGCAGGAAGGAAGUUAUUAUAAUCCACCUGAACAUUCUAUGAUAACCACUGAAAUCACUCUUAAUAGAUUCUCAUAAAUUGGUUUGGUAAUAAUGGAAAUAUCAGUUAUAUAUAAGCUUGUUAUUCCUAAUGUUCAUUUAUUGUAGUGUUUAUUGAAGUUUAACAUGGAAAAUAUAUUGUUUCAUAAUGCAGCAUGACUGUUUUAAUAGUUUUUAAUACUGUACUAUUUUGUAAUCAGAGUUUGAGAGUUUUAGAUUAAAUAAUAUAUACUGUAUAUGAAUGCUAUAUAAUAUAUGUAAGAAAUUUUCUGUGUUUUUUAAAGAGAUGAGACUGGUUUGUGCUGCUUUCUUUGUAUUGAAAGGAAUCCUAAUCACAGUGAGAAAGAGCCAGAAGCUUGUUGUGUUAAAUUGCCCAUUAUGUAUAAUUUUGUUAAUAUCAUUUAAGCAUAAAAAUGUUUAUUUGUGAAUUUUUUGGUUGACCUCAAAGUUUUUGUCAAAUUUCUUAUUUACAUAUAGUACACUGUAAACUAGUAUUGUGUGGUCAAGUUUUGCUAACUAUGGGCUUUGUGAAUAAUAAAGAAAUUUAAUUUUUUAUAUCAUCUGAAGCUUUAUAUCAUAAAGGUAGUUGUCUUAUAGAGAUAACUACAAACAGAGUGUGUCUAGAUUUCAUAUAUAUUAUUGUCAAAUGUAUUACUUUAUCAACACGUGUAUCUAUUAUAGCAUACUAAAAGGAUAUAAGGUUAGAUAAUUAGCUACAGUACUGAACUAAUGUAUAUUUACACUUGUAUCACAGCAUUAAAGAACAAGUUUCAUAUUUUCCUCUUUUACAUAUUUCCUUGAACUGCAAUAAUUUCUCUGUGUGAUUUAGAUUUUCUGAUGUCGUGAAUUAUAGUGCUGUUUUCUUAGCUUGAUUUUUCAGCAUCAGUCUUCAAAGUUUCUAGUCAGUAAGUGCAGUAUUAAUGGUUUUUUAUUUCUGGUGUAUUCUGUGCUUCAGAUCGUAACUCAUGGUCUAUGUGAGCUAUUCUCAUUAUUAAAAUGAAAGUUAGAAAAGCUUCAAAGUCAAAACCAGUGUAAAAUUGUGGUUUUAAAUAUUUUCUUUCAUAAAAUACACUGUAAUUGGGCUGCUUAAUAUAACUAUAGCUUCUGCUUUGACCUGCUUGCAAAUAAUCAAUGGUUAAUAGUUUCACUUUUGUUCUUGAUUUUAUAGCAAUGAAAUUUUUCUGUUUUACAAUGGUAUGUACUCAGAUAUCAUACUUGUGAAGUUUUGUAAAAAAAAAAAAAUAAUAAUAAUAAUUACUGUACAUAUAGGUCAGAAAUCGAAAUUCAUUUGCUAAUGUUAGUGGCAGAAACAUUAUGCCUAUAUGUUUAAUAUUUUAAUUUAUUAAUAAUUUCUCAAAUUCAUCUGGAACAUUGGUAAACUCAAAUGAUUAAAAAUGUUCAAUUUAACCUACAUUCAGUAUCACUUGAGUUCAAUGUAAAAGCAAAGCUGUUCCUUUAGUAUUAAUUUAGUUCAGCAUAUAAGCAAAACUGUUUCUUUCGACACCUGUAGACUUUUUCUAUUUUAAAAGUAAACCCUCACCAGAUCAAGUUCAAACCAAGAAAAGGAAAUUUAAUGAAAUGCUUUUAUAUGGAUUUAAAUAUGUAGCUAAGUAUUUUUGAUAUUUUGAAACAUUACAUUGUAAAUACAUUAUCUUAUUUGAUAAGGUUGUCUAGUUUUUUGUAUACAGUAUUAACAUUUGUUAAGAGUAAUAAUAAAGAAGUACAUUGGAACUAUGAGAAAAUUUUUGGGGGUCAAACUGUGUUGAACACUGAUAGUUAUCUGAAAAGAUAUUAGAGUCCAGAAGGUUAGAUGUUUAUUUGAAUGAGAAUGUGAAUGAUUCGAAAACCUUUGUUUAGAUUUGUGCUAAAGAAAGCCAGUUUUGUGUGUCUUUUUGUGUUUUGCAUUUCAGUUACAGAUCAUACACAAAAAAGAUAACCCUGGCCUAAUUUUAGGCUUAUUAUGAGAUCCUUUUUGUUUUUUACGGUUGGGAUGAUAGUUGUUCUGAUUGGCAGUAAUAUGCAUGUAAGGAAUGAGUCUUGCAUUGUGUUAGUAUGUAAAUCCAUCUCAAAAUUUAUGGUCAUUCUAACCCUUAACUUGUUACAAGCAUUUACAAAAGGAUGAAGGAGCAUUUAUUAAAUAAGGGAUGUUCUGUAGUUUUUACAGUAAUUGGGUGACAAAAAGUGCCUUGCAACUGCGAAACCACAAAUAUGUUAGGAUUACCCACUUAAAUCUCAUGUGAUGUACAUAAUGGCAUAUGGGAAUAUUUCAAGAUAUUUUGUAGCCUAUUGUAUUGAAAAGAAAGUAAUUAUGAAAAGCAGUAUUAUGUAUGUGUGAUAUGGUGAAAGAGUUGUAAAAUUUAACUAGUUUACAACAUUUUAGCUUUUCCUGUAACUCACAGAAUGUCAAGACUUAAACACUUUCAGAAGUAAAAAUAUGUACUAUUAAAUUUCAAUCAAAUUAUUGUAUGUUUUCACAGAGGAUGAAAACAUACAAUAUUGGAAUUGGAUUAUAAGAUUGGGGCCAAGCGCUGGGACUAUAAGGUCAUCCAGCGCUGAAAGGAUAAUUGAGAGUAAAGGAAGUUUUAGAUGGUGUGACAAGAGGAAAACCAUGCAGUUGCACUAUGAAACAAUUAUUAACAGAGGGUGGAAAGUCAGAUGGAAGAAAGAUAAUAUGAAUGGAGGUAAAGUAAAAGGAAUGCAAGAGGUUGCAGCUAGGGGUUGAAGGGCUAAAAUAAAGAACCUUAAGUAAUGCCUACAGAGUGCACUGUGAGGUGCAUUGAUGGUACUAUCUCUCUAUGGGGAAAAAACAAAUAUUAAAACUGUGUAAGUGUUGGAAAUCUAAAUUUUUGUGUAAUAUAUUUCAUGUAGGGGUUUAGCUGUGACCUCAGUCUUCUAACCAGUGUGGAGUGGUUUUUCACUUGGAAUGGCUUUUAGUCGGAAUAUAUCCUAAAAUGUUGGAAAAUUGAUUAGUUGAGGGGCUAUUGUACCCUUUGCAAUGCAUUUUGUGCAUUUUUGGUUGUUAAUACUAUUAUUACUCUAACAUGAUUGAGCUUGUCAGUAAUUUAUGAGGAUGAAUCAAGGUCAAGUAGACAUUAGUUGCUCCUACAUUUUGACCCCUAGAGGCUAUAGGAAAAUAGUCUAGUACUGUAACAGCAUGACUGGUGUAGAUGGCAGAUGUUAUAAGGAGAAUUGCCUGGGUAUUUACAGACAUAUGUUGUUACUUAUGUGCAUACGUCAGUGGAGUAAAAUUAAUUUUCAUUCUGCGUGUAUCAUAGAGAAGAAAAUUGUUUCAGUAAUGCAGUUUCAUCCUAAAGAAAAAAAAAUAAAAGACUUUUAGCAGUUUAAGGGUUAAAUGACACACACACACACACGAGAGAGAGAGAGAGAGAGAGAGAGAAGAGAGAGAGAGAGAGAGAGAGAGAGAGAGAGAGAGAGAGAGAGAGACUGGAUGAAAAAUGAAACUUAGAAUUUGGGCAGUAUUAAAAAAUCAUUCCAGUUUUGAGCUCUAUGAGUAUGCGACAAGUGUUUGCAUUGUACUCAUAAAUUUUGCAGUCGAUUAGUAAAUUAUUUUAAUAUAGUCCAAAUCAAACUGGUGGUAGGAUUUGGAUAGUAGGCAUAGUGCUAUAUUCUCCCUGUGUCUAGUGUGAAAAUGUACAAACAGUGUUGAAUGCCAAACAAUGAUUUAAAAAUAAACUUCCCAAAAUACUUGAACAUUAAGAAAUUUAAAGAACUCUUUCCCAUGAUUUCUCAUAUUCAAAUCAAACAUUGAAAGGUACCUUGUGUGUAUGGCCAUACGUAAAACAGAUAGUACUAUUAAUCCCUUUAUAUUGUGUAUAAGAAACCUAAAUGGAAAUAAAUUCUUUUACAAUCAUACUAUAAGUUUAAGCAUUUUUCCUUCCAGCAAUGUAAAUAUGAAUGACUGGCUUUAUUUAAGAUUUCCAUCAUGUAAAUUCAUUCACUGAUGUUUUUCUAACUUGAAGAAAAAAAAAAAAGUUAUCAUCUCUCCUUAUAAUUUUCUUAAAAAUGUCCUUUCUUUUUACAACUUCUGUUCCAUCCCCUACACCUCAACCUAGCAGCCCCAGUUUCUGGUGAUGAACUCUGAUCAUGUUGCUUCAAAGCAAUACAGUACUGAAUAAAACUUUGAAAUAGGGAAAGAAUAUAGAGGCAGUUUCUGUUGAUUUAUCUAGUGUAAAACUCUUUCUGUAACAGAAUGUGAAAUCCAAAUACCCUUCAUCAAAUGAGGUAAAUGAAAAAUGUUCUUAGUGUAGUACUGUAUUGUUCAGUAACAGUGUCAUUUGAUUCCAAUGUCUCUUCUAUACUUGUAGAUGAAAAUGAAAUACAUAGGCCUAUUUCAAUUUAUGUCUCAAAGCACAACUUCCUUACCUGUACAAUGAAUUUAUGAGAAGUAUAUAUAUAUAGUAUGUAUAUAUACAAUCGUUAUUAGCCAUUGAAUUUUCAGUGAUGAGUAUCGUUCAUGGAUGCCUGUGUGAAUGUGAAUGAUACUGGCUUUGCUCAAGAUGGUAGGGAUUGAUGGAAUUGGGUUUUUAUAUCCAUCAGUCAUUAUUCAUAAGAUGACUAUUUUCCCUGUAAAUUUCAUUAGGACAUGAUUUUGACAGCUUAAGUCUUCUUGAUAUAUGCUUCAGUUCUAGGACUGCUUCUGUUAAGUGGUUAUUGGAAAAUUGGAAGUCUAAACAAAUUUUUUUUUUAAAUUUAUGUUUAUGUUACUAAAACAAAAGGAUAUAUACCAGCUUUUCAAUUAUUCUGUGAUGGAGUAGGACUUGGUUUGUAACAAAACAUAUAAUAGAUCAAUCCUUGCAUUUCCUGUGGUACUUGGCAAUACCACAAGCUUGAACAGUUAGAUCUAAUCCCAUUUUUUUUUGCCUAGUUUUGGCCAUUUUGAUAAGAGCAGCCCUAGAACUGUCAUCAGUACGAGAAGGGCUUUGUUUUAUGUGUUUGUAAAUGAUUUUCUAGUUUCCUUUAUAUAAAUCAAGGAUAAUAUGCGCUUCUGUAUAUUAUGAGAUACUGUGGCAUAUUAAUACAGUGGACAGGUAGUUAUUCAAACUGUUGAUGAAGUGAUGCAAGCUCAAUGCUGCAAUUACUUAGAAAAGCUUUUAAAUGUUACAUUGUCAUCAACGAAGGUCAGAUUUUGUUUGGGAAAUUGUGUGCAAGUAUUAUGAUGGAACUUCAUAAUACACAAGAUAAUAACCACUAUAACAUGCGUAAGCUAUGAGGUUCACAAAGUGUUCUCAGGGCAGGGUUUGGACAUAGCUGAAGGACGACAACAUGUGAUUGGAUUUUCUUAGCAUUAGUAACUUGAUCAUUUUAAAUACCUGUUGUCUCAGCUGCAAGAAUGUUAAAAGAUUAUUACUACAAAUUGUAAAGUUUUAUAAGGAACACGUAGGAUAGAUUUGCACAGUUUUUGUGUAAAAUGAUUUAUGUUCCAUGCCUUGAUGACAUGCAGAUCUCAUGUAAUGGUUGACUGUAUGUGAUGAUGAUUGGUCUCUGCUACUGGAGAGAACUUACUGAAUGAUAUAGGAAGUGAUUUAGUCCGCCGGCAAGGAGCAUUUGUAAUAUACAUAUAGUAUUCAAAAUCUAAACCCCAAGAUUUAAAAACAUAGCAUUGUUUAUUUGAAAAAAUUUUGACUAGAAUAUAAAAUGUUAUUUAC